UCAAGACGCAGUCGGAAAUGGAUGAUGCGUUAGUCGGAGUUCAGCUUUGGCUGCUGCUUCUUCUUUCGACCCGUAUCUGGGCCGAGUUCUGCGACAAUGGGACAGGCGAGUGCGUGGAGCUGACCGCCACCGACUGUCCCGUGAUAUUCUACAACCAUCACUUGAUAGGAGCGGAUAUUAAGUACUGUGACGAGUUCAACGAUAUCGUGUGCUGUCCAAUACAGCUGGAUCACCAGAGCCAGAAGCCGGCCGAUGAAACGCAUCCGUUUGAGCGAGAGUGCAAACGUUUCAACGAGGCAAGAGCCUCCUGUCGUUCAACGCCGUUCAUUGUCGGCGGCUCGAAGGCGGCUGGCCAGGAGUUCCCCUUCAUGGCGCUGAUUGGCACAAAGGGUAACGAUAAGGCCGACAUCAAUUGGGAUUGCGGAGGAGCUCUGGUGCAUCCCAGAUUUUUACUGACUGCGGCGCAUUGUCUGGAAACCAGCGAAUCGAAGGCCGAACGACUUGAUCCCAACUUUGACUCUCCUAAAUUUGUGGUGCGUCUCGGGGAGCUGGACUACAACAGCACCACAGACGAUGCCCAAGUUCAGGACUUCCGAGUAGUCAAUUACGUGGUGCACCCGUCGUACGAUGACGAGGACGGGUUUAAAAACGACAUUGCCAUCAUUGAGAUAGACAGGGCGGCAGUCGUUAACGAACAUGUGGCACCCGCUUGCCUGCCACCUAGCAGCGGCGACGAGAACAGCCAACUGACUGCCGCCGGCUGGGGGUUCACUUCAGACAAGGGCACGAAGUCGUCGCACCUACUGAAGGUCACCCUGCAGCGUUUCAGCGACGAGCAGUGUCUGGAGCGGCUCCAGCAGGGCAUCGAGACACGCACCCAGUUCUGUGCCGGAUCGAUCACCAGCAACGCCGACACCUGCAACGGCGACUCGGGUGGACCCAUCUUUGUGCAGCAUCCGCUCUAUCCGUGCCUGAAACAAGUGAUUGGCAUCGUCUCCUAUGGCUUGGUGUGCGGCACCCAGGGUCUCCCGAGCGUCUAUACCAAGGUCCACCUCUUCACCGACUGGAUCGAGAGCAUUGUGUGGUCUGAUUAGUCCUUUACUGUAAGAAUCUUGUAUUUUUUACAAAUAAAUGUAUGUACCUAUACGAA